UAGUUAUAUUCAUACCGAUAUUUAAAUCAAGUACCGUACAAUUGGAUGAAUAGAAACAAUUUCUAACUUAUCAUAAAUUAUGAAUAAUACAGAUUUUUUUUCAUAUUAAUAUAACCACUAUGCGAUUUUUGUCAUGAUGGAAAAUAUUACAAUGCUCAAAAUAUAUUAUGAUUAUCGCCUCAGCAAUGAAGUCUUUAACAUAAGUCAGAAUGAAAUUUGUGAUUGUUUAGAAAAUAUAGCAAAACUGGAUCCAAAAACUUUGACAAUAAAGGAUUACAAUGAGCUAAUAAAGUGUUUGCCUUUAUCACCUAAUGAAAAUCAACAUGAAGUUGUGGCUGCUGCAUUUAAAGUUUUAGCUUCAUUGUGUUCAUAUGAUCUUGCUAGACAAUAUUUAGGAGAAAAACUUAUUGAAGUUACUAUUGAUUCAUACAAAAUAUUUGCUGAUCAACAUUUUUCUAAUAUACUAAAGGUGGAAGAUUGUUUAGCUCAAACAUGCCGUUGUUUAGCAAAUUUCUGUUAUUAUCAUGAAUCAAAUACUGAGUUAGCAUUAAAAUGUAGUUGUCUAUCCAUAUCAAUUAAACUUAUGAAAAGGAAUUUGAAAGAAAAUACUCAACUUUUCUUAAAUGGAUUACUCAUGAAUUUAACACAUUUAAAUGAAUAUAAGUAUGAGUUUCCAGUUGAUGUAAUUGAACAAUUAAACACUUUUGGAAUUCAACAUACAAAAUUCAAGUUUCAUAGUAAAUUUUAUAUUAUAUUAAUAUCAGUAAUAAUUAAUGUUAUUAAAACAGCAUCUAUAAGUAUUGAUAUAUUAAAUUAUGAAAACUGUUCAAUUGUUGAUUGGCUUUUGAAAAAUCAUAGCAAUUAUAGUGAUAUUGCUUAUAUUUGUGUUAAAUUCAUCAAACAAGUUUCUAAAAAAAUUGAAUCUUACCAAUGGAUAUUAAAUGGUAAACACAAGUUACUAACUGAAGUACUAGAUAAGUUUGAAAAAAAAAAUGAAGAAGAUGUGAAACAAAUAGUUCACAAAAUUUGUGAUGUAAUUGUUCUACUUUCCAACCAUGAUAGCAUCCAAAAAGAAGAAACAAAAAUUGCAGCUAUUUAUUUAGUGGAUUGGUUAUUAAUCAAAAUGAAAUCAAAAAAUUUGUACGUACAAUUAUCAGCCAUUCGUACCUUGGGAAAUUUAGCUCGGAUGAAUUUUGGUAUUAAUGAUGAAUGUUUGACAACCUCUAUAAUAAUCGAAAUGGAAUGGUUUGUUGAUACAAUUCAAAAGUCAAAUUUGGAAAAAAACUCUGGGAUAACAGUAUCUAUACUAUGUUUAUUUAAAAAUAUUCUUUAUACUUCAUCCUUUGCGUCACUCAAUAAAGAUAUUCAAUGUGAAUUAGUGAAAUCAACAAUACAAAUUUUAAAAACUUCAAUAUGUUUACCUGUCAUUAUAAAAGUAUUAGAUGUCAUUGAAUGUAUUAUACGAAAAGGAAGUUUAGAUGAAGAAAAUCUAAACUUAUACAAAAAUCCAGAAUUUAUGCAACAAUUAAAAACUUGUUAUGGUAAUCAAGUUAAAGAAAUCAAGGAUUUAUCACUUAAGAUCACUCAUUUACUUCAAAUUAUUGGACUUGAAAUAUAAAUUAAUUUUUAUUUAAAUUAAAAUAUAAACCAAAUUUUUUUGUA